GCCCACGUGGUUUCUGAAGCCAAUAAGCGCCGAAUGUCCUCAGAGCCCCGCCCUCCUGGCCAAUGCGGAGCAGGGUCUGCGCUACAUUUAGCCUUUUGUGCAGCAGGUGGCGAGGCCCCGCCCUCUUCCCCCCACCAGUGCCAGAGCUAAAAGGGACAGGCCGAGAACGAGCAAGUCCCACCCACUCGGGAACCUCCUCCGGAGCUCGGUCAAGGUGGUGAACCUGAGUCCAUUAGGAAAAAAAUCCCACCCCCGGAUUUAGUUCUUCCAAUGGAGUGGGAAUGUACCUCAGAGCAAAACUAAGUAGGGAUCCAAUGGAAAAAGAAUUUUCACGCUACUAGACAAAAACUGGCCCUGCUUUGGCAGAGGCAGCCAAUGGGCCGCGCGGCGGGACCCGCCCCCAGCCGGACGCGGCCAAUGGGGCUGCGCCUGCAAGGCGGCCGGCUCCGGGAAGAUGGCUGCUGCCGUGCUGCUGGCCGUGGGUUUGCGCACCGCGCGCAGAACCCUGGCGGCCGCGGGGCCCCGGGGGGCGCAGGUCCGGGGCAAUGCAGGUAUGACUGACGGAGGUGAAGUGGCCAGGGCUCAGAAAGCUGCUCCUGGAGGAGGAGCAGCGCCAACCAUCUUCUCCCGGAUUUUGGAUCGCAGCCUCCCAGCAGACAUUCUGUAUGAGGAUCAGCAGUGUCUAGUGUUCCGUGAUGUGGCCCCUCAGGCUCCUGUGCAUUUUCUGGUCAUUCCUAAGAAGCCCAUUCCUCGAAUUAGCCAAGCUGAAGAAGAAGACCAGCAGCUUCUAGGACACUUACUCCUUGUGGCCAAGAAGACAGCAAAGGCUGAGGGUCUGAAAGAUGGGUAUCGACUUGUGGUCAAUGAUGGGAAGAUGGGCGCACAGUCCGUGUAUCACCUGCACAUUCACGUACUUGGAGGCCGACAGCUGCAGUGGCCACCUGGCUAAACCUGCCAGCUGACCCAGGACCACAGACUUGGAUGCGUGGGUGGAGAGAGGGAAAAGAAAUCCUGUGGCAUGAAUAAACUUAUUCUCCCUCAA